AUAAACCUAUUUACUUCCUCUAUAUUACUGUCCGUACUGAUCCUAAUGGCACCAAUCGUAUCAUCGAACUCCAACUUCUACUCCAACAAGCUAUACCCAAACUACGUGAAAACUAUAGUCUCAUACUCAUUCCUAGUAAGCCUAAUCCCAAUAAUAAUCUUCAUCCAAUCAGGCCAAGAAACAAUACUAUCAAACUGACAUUGAAUAUCUAUCCAAACUAUAAAACUAAGCCUUAGCUUCAAACUAGACUAUUUCUCAAUGAUUUUCAUGCCCGUAGCACUAUUCGUCACGUGAUCCAUCAUGGAGUUCUCAAUAUGAUAUAUACACUCAGACCCCUACAUCAACCGAUUCUUUAAAUAUCUACUAAUAUUCCUAGUUACAAUAGUAAUUCUAGUGACCGCCAACAAUCUGUUCCAACUCUUUAUCGGCUGAGAGGGAGUUGGAAUUAUAUCAUUUCUACUUAUCGGCUGAUGAUAUGGACGAACCGAUGCCAACACAGCAGCACUACAAGCAAUUCUAUAUAACCGAAUUGGAGACAUCGGUUUUCUCGUAGCAAUAGCAUGAUUCUUGUCAAACCUCAACACCUGAGAACUUCAACAGAUCUUUGCCCUAAACCCCACCAACACCAACCUACCACUCGCCGGACUAUUAUUAGCAGCAACAGGCAAAUCAGCCCAAUUUGGACUUCACCCGUGACUCCCAUCCGCCAUAGAAGGACCAACACCUGUAUCAGCCCUAUUACACUCCAGCACCAUAGUAGUAGCGGGUAUUUUCCUAUUAAUCCGCUUCUACCCACUAACAGAAAACAAUAAGACUAUUCAAACCGCAAUACUAUGUCUAGGAGCAAUCACCACACUAUUUACAGCAAUCUGUGCCCUGACCCAAAAUGAUAUCAAAAAGAUCGUAGCCUUCUCCACCUCUAGCCAACUAGGCCUCAUAAUAGUAACAGUCGGUAUUAACCAGCCCCACCUAGCAUUCCUCCACAUCUGCACCCACGCAUUUUUCAAAGCGAUACUAUUUCUAUGCUCAGGCUCUAUCAUCCACAGUCUCAACGACGAGCAAGAUAUUCGAAAAAUAGGAGGCCUAUACAAAACCAUGCCAUUUACUACGACAGCACUAAUCACCGGAAGCUUAGCCCUCACAGGAAUGCCAUUCCUCACAGGAUUCUAUUCAAAAGACCUAAUCAUUGAGGCCGCCAACACAUCGUACACCAACGCCUGAGCCUUAACACUUACCCUCAUCGCAACCUCCCUCACAGCCGUAUACAGCACCCGAAUUAUUUAUUUCGCCCUACUAGGACAACCACGAUUCCCAACACUUAUUCUAAUUAAUGAAAACAACCCACUGCUAAUUAACCCAAUCAAACGCCUACUAAUAGGAAGCAUCUUCGCCGGUUUCAUUAUCUCCAACAACAUCACCCCAACCACCAUUCCUCAAAUAACAAUACCAACGUAUCUCAAAAUAACAGCCCUAUUUGUAACUCUACUAGGCUUUACAGUAGCCCUAGAACUAAAUAUGGCUACACAAAAUCUGAAACUAAACUCCCUCAAAUUCUCCAACCUCUUAGGCUACUUCCCAACUAUCAUACACUUCAAGCCAUUCAUAAACCUAUUUAUAAGCCAAAAAGUAGCCUCAAUACUCCUAGACAUAAUCUGACUAGAAAAUGUAUUACCAAAAUCUAUUUCCUUAUUCCAAGCAAAAACCUCAACAUUAAUUUCAAGCCAAAAGGGCCAAAUCAAACUAUAUUUCCUAUCUUUUCUGAUUACACUCGCCCUGAGCCUAAUCGUGACAAACUACAUCUAA